GGGGAAUGCCGGGACUUGUAGUGGAACAGCCGGAUUGAACUUUAUCGCCUCCGCACGGACUUCCCAAGAUCCUCAGCUGAACAUUAUUUCCCUGCGUGUCACCGACUGAGCCACGGGCUGCUCCUCCCAACCGCAUUCCUGGGACUUGCUCAGACUUCUCCGCUGAGCCUCCAACAUGGAGCCGCUAAACCCCUACCCCUUGAAGUUCUCUUCCCCCAAAGCCAAAGUCUCCGUGGUGUUCCUCUCAAUGCUUCUCUGCACCGGGAUCCUGUGUGUCCUGCAGCUCGGCUUCCUCAGGGCCAAAGGGGGAGACUUCUACUCGUACGAGGUGACGGAUGCCAAGGGCAGAGCUGUGGCCCUAUCUAAAUACAGGGGCAAAGCGUCUCUGGUUGUAAACGUGGCCAGUGGCUGCCCGCACGCUGAGGCAAACUACAGAUCUCUGCAGGAGCUGCACAGGGAGUUUGGCCCUUCCCAUUUCACCGUUUUAGCUUUCCCUUGCAAUCAGUUUGGGGAGUCGGAGCCCGGCACUAACCAGGAGAUAGGGGCUUUGGCCAAAAGGAAUUAUGGAGUGACAUUUCCCAUGUUCAGCAAAAUAAAGAUCCUGGGCUCAGAGGCAGAGCCGGCCUAUAGGUUCCUUGUUGAUUCAACUAAAAAAGAACCACGAUGGAAUUUCUGGAAAUAUCUGGUUGACCCCCAAGGCCAAGUUGUGAAAUACUGGAGGCCUGAUGAGACUGCUGAGAGUAUCCGGCCUGAAGUGGCCUCUUUAGUCAGGCAAAUAAUCAUGAAGAAGAAAGAAGAACUCUGAAAUAAUGUGUGGUCAAUGGCACUGGACUAUUCUUAGAAAAAAACUCCCCAGAAUUGUUUAUAUCUUUUUAGGUUAAAUUGUGGUCAUUUUGUACUUUUUGUAAAUCCUUUUGUCAACUGAACACGUGUAUGUGUCCCUUUUUACAAAUGUAACAUUUCAAUAACUUGCUUUUGCAAGAUUUAUGGGGGAGAACGUUGGCUCAAGAAUCUCAUUUUAAAUAGGCAAGAACGAGUUCUAGAAACUGGGAAGUCUUGUCCAACAUGAUGGGGCAGAUUUAUCAAGGGUCAAAUUGAAAAUUCGAAAUUCGAAUUCAAAACUAGAUUUGAUUUUCAAGAUUUAUCAUACUCUGGCCCUUUAAGAACUUGAAUUCGACUAUUCGCCACCUAUAACCUGCUGAAUUGCUGUUUAAGUCAAUAGGAGACGUCCAGGGAGUUGAUUAAAGCCUUCCUGACAUUCAAGUUUUUUCUAAUCAAGUUUUCAGGUCGAUAUAAUUCAUCCGACUUUUUAAAUUUCUAUUUUUUUAAUACAUUUCGAUUGGUCGAAUUUAUGGGAGUUUUUAUCUGAAAAUAUCUCAUUAUUUAAAAUAUCUCAUAAACCCCUAGAUGUUUGACAACUAUAUAUGUAUGUAAAGAUUUAUGUGUCCCUGCUUCACCUUCAGCAGUCGCAUUCCCCGUAGUACUACAUGGACUGGCCCCCAGUGCAAGUUGCAAUGAAGUAAGGCUAUAUUAAACCCCAAGCCUGGGCUUUUCUUCUAUCCAUUACAGGGCUCUAACUACUUGUUUGUGUUAAAACUUUUAUUUGGCUCAUGAUUUUUGAUUUUGAUUGUCAUACACACUUCUUGGGGUUUGAAUGAGUUCCUGAACAUGAAGCCAGAGAAGAUGGUGUGAGUGCAAUAUAUACAGUCAUAUGCAAAAAUUUGGGAACACCUCUUAAUUCUUUGGAGUUUUGUUUAUCAUUGGCUGAGCUUUCAAAGUAGCAACUUAAUAUAUAACAUGCCUUAUGGAAACAGUAGUAUUUCAGCAGUGACAUAAAGUUUAUUGGAUUAACAGAAAAUAUGCAUCAUAACAAAAUUAGACAGGUGUAUAAAUGUGGGCACCCAACAGGGAUAUUACAUCAAUACUUAGUUGAGCCUCCUUUUGCAAAUGGAAUAACCUUUGAUGAGUGUCUGAAUGGUGGUAUCUUUGACCUUUCGUCCAUACAAAAUCUCUCCAGUUCAAUUAAAUUUGUUGUACUUCUCCCUCUGCAUAAAUUUGUUGUACUUCUCCCCCUGCAUAAAUGCCUUUGUAGAUUUCGAGGUGUGUUUAGAGUCAUUGUUAAAAGAACAGGUUUGUGUAUUGUUGCCCUAUAAUAUGCCCAAUUCCCCAAGGUUAAAAAAUACUGAUCAAUUUGUAUUAAGCUUAAUCAUUUGUACACCCUAUUCAGUUCAUAAUAUACUUUUUGUGAACUGGAGAUCACUCUUUGAUAACUAUGCCCCAUAAAGUCAAUAGCACUUCAAUACAAGAAAGUAACAUGCUAGGUCUGCGUUAGUAAUUCAACAAAGAGUGUACUGGUAUGGGACUAUCCAGAAUGCUUGGGGCCUUGGGUUUUCCAGAUAACAGAUAUUUCCAUAGUUUGGAUCUUUAUUCCUUAAGUCUACUAGAAAAUCAUGUAAACAUUAAAUAAACCCAAAAGGCUGGUUUUGCUUUCAAUGAGGAUUUAUUAUAUCUUAGUUGGUAUCAAGUACAAGGAACCGUUUUAUUAUUACAUAGAAAAAGGAAAUAGUUUGGAUUAUUUGGAUAAGAUGGAGUCUAUGAAAGAUGGUCAUUUUGUAAUUCUAAGCUUUCUGGAUAAUGGGUUUCCGGAUAAUGGAUCCUUUACCGGUAUAAGGAUUUUAAACCUCAAAUGCAUAAGCCAAAGAGUUAUGCUAUAAACAGUGGCUAAACAAAAUGUAUGGUUCUAUACACA